GGGUUGGUAUCUUUGGAAAAUCUGAGUACUCGGACAUUCAAUAAGACUGAUGCUCAUUCUUGUCACCAUGAAGAUGUUACUACAUGCCAAAACGUUUCAGCGUUUAGCAAUCCCUGGUUUUAUCAGAUUGUUGCAUAAAGAUUACAGAACAGUGACUCCUCAGAAUUUCUCCAACUAUGAAUCUAUGAUACGUGACUUCAAACUAGAGAUUCCAGAGUAUUUCAACUUUGCUCAUGAUGUCAUGGACCAAUGGACCAAUUUAGAAAAGGCUGGAAAGAGACCUCCUAAUCCAGCCUUCUGGUGGAUAAAUGGAAAAGGAGAAGAAGUGAGAUGGAGUUUUGAGGAACUGGGAUCUUUGUCUAGGAAAUUUGCUAAUAUACUAACAGAAAACUGUGCUCUGCAAAAGGGAGACCGAUUAAUUGUAAUUCUACCCAGGAUCCCAGAAUGGUGGCUUGCAAACGUAGCCUGUCUGAGAACAGGGAUAGUUGUAAUUCCAGGAACCACACAGCUGACCCAGAAAGACAUUCUCUACAGACUACAGACUUCAAAAGCAAAAUGUAUCAUUACAAAUGAAGAUUUAGCCCCUGCUGUAGAUGCUAUUGCAUCUAAAUGUGAAAAUCUUCACUCUAAGUUAAUUGUGUCUGAGAAUUCCAGAGAGGGCUGGGGGCACCUUAAAGAGAUGAUGAAACAUGUCAGUGACAACCAUACCUGUGUGAAGACAAGGCAUGAUGAGCUGAUGGCCAUUUAUUUCACUAGUGGGACAACUGGAUCUCCUAAAAUGACUGGCCACACUCACAGCAGUUUUGGUUUAGGAUUAUCAAUCAAUGGAAGGUUCUGGCUAGAUUUGACACCUUCAGAUGUGAUGUGGAACACUGCAGACACAGGCUGGGCAAAGUCAGCCUGGAGUAGCAUUUUUUCCCCAUGGACCCAGGGAGCAUGUGUAUUUACACAUUAUUUACCACGUUUUGAGUCAACUUACAUCUUGCAAACACUUUCCAAGUUUCCUAUCUCAGUCUUCUGUUCAGCUCCCACCGCAUACCGAAUGCUUGUACAAGAUGAUAUGAGCAGCUAUAAAUUUAAGCACUUAAAUCACUGUGUGAGUGCUGGAGAGCCCAUCAACCCUGAAGUGACAGAACAAUGGAAACGCAGCACUGGCCUGGAUAUUUAUGAAGGCUAUGGACAGACAGAAACGGUACUAAUCUGUGGAAAUUUUAAAGGAAUGAGAAUUAAGCCUGGCUCCAUGGGAAAGCCUUCUCCUGCUUUUGAUGUUAAGAUUUUAGAUGCAGAUGGCAAUGCUCUACCUCCUAGACAAGAAGGAGAUAUUGGCAUUCGAGUUCUGCCUGAUCGACCAUUUGGCCUUUUUGCUUGUUAUGUAGAUAAUCCUAAAAAAACAGCUUCAACUUUACGAGGUGAUUUCUAUAUCACUGGAGACAGGGGUUAUAUAGAUGAAGAUGGAUAUUUCUGGUUUGUUGCAAGAUCAGAUGACGUCAUAUUAUCCUCUGGUUACCGAAUUGGACCAUUUGAGGUAGAAAGUGCCCUGUUGGAGCAUCCUGCUGUUGCAGAGUCAGCUGUUGUCAGUAGCCCAGACCCCAUCAGAGGAGAGGUGGUAAAGGCUUUUAUUGUUCUGAACCCCAAUUACAAGUCAUAUGAUCAAGAACAACUGAAAAAGGAGAUUCAGGAGCAUGUAAAAAAAUCCACAGCACCUUACAAAUACCCCAGAAAGGUAGAAUUUAUUCAAGAGAUGCCAAAGACUAUCAGUGGGAAAAUAAAAAGAAAAGAACUGAAAAAUAAAGAAUGGAAAACAACUUAA